AUGGCGAGGCUCACUGACGAUGCCGACUACGAUGCCGGAUCAACGUCUGGGAAUGUACCACGUCCACGCUGUGAAGUCCCAUUAUCCGUCAAAACUUUGGAUCUAGCCCGCUCUAACUUAUAUUGGGAGACUUUUCGACACAUACAUGAGAAGCUAUCAGAACGCAGAACCGCCUGCAAAGGUCUAGGCGUUCAGAAUUCGGAGUUGGUAGAACAUGUGGUCACUAAAGGACACCAUAUAGAAUGGUUUAAAGCCCAACAUUUUCCUGGAUACAAGGACUUCACAGCUAAUCAGAAGAUCAGGGAGUAG